AUUUUAUACAAGCGCCAUCUCACGGCGAUCUUCAAAUAUGAGUUUUCGAGUAUAUUUCGAUGUUCUUAAACUAGGAAAUGUUGGAAAGAACACAAAGUUUUUCUACAGAAAGAAAAGUUCUACUCCACAUCAUGUCAUCUUACCAAGAGUUAAACCGAAACCCGAACCUAAAUCGGCUAGACUCUCAACCGAUUUGCAACCGCUACAACAAAUUUCUAUACCAAAAAAAAAGAAGAGAGAUGAAUUAUCUUUAUUAAAAGCCUUGGCAUCCACAGUGAAGAAAGAUUAUCAUGGCCCAGAAUAUAAAUAUAUAGAUGAUCCUUAUUUAAUUCCCCACGGCUCGCAAGAUAAGAAAGCUUUUUCAUUAGCUACAGCAUCUGGUAAAAAAGCAGCCAGAUACGUAUUAGAAAUAAAUUCCAAGAAUUUUAUAUACAAUCCUACGGAACCGAAAUUAGAGAUUUUCGAUUAUCAACUUCCUACUGUCUUUGAACCAAACACGAUCGAAGGUUUACAAGAAAGGGUCGAUAAACGUAUGAUAUCAGAGGCUUUUGAAACUUAUCAGUCUUUAAAAAAUGAAAAUCAAGAAAUUCCUGAAGAUUUAGUUAAAAAAUUACUAGCUUUGUUAUGUUUCUAUAAUAGUAGUGAUAGACCUGAGCAGCUCUUACCCGAAGAAGUCUGGUUUAAACAUGAGUUUGGUUUGGAGAGAUCUAAACGAGUUCAAAAUAAAUGGAAAAGUGGAGCAGGAGCUGACGAAAUUUUUAAUUCUAUUGAGAAUAAAUGUCCAGAAGUUUAUAAUAUCAUGAUUCAAGGAUUAAUAAAAAACUUUGCCUCCGAUAAAGCUUUUGAUCUAUAUACCGAAAUGAAAAGUAAAGGAAUGAAUGUGCCAUUGAAAGUCUACAAUGGUAUGUUAUCAAUAGUUUCGUUUUUAAGAGAUAGAGUUAAUCUUAAAUGGCAAUUACUACGGGAAAUCUUCAAUGAUAUGAAAAAAAAUAAUGUAGAUCCUGAUUUAACAACAUUUAAUUCAGCACUCUUUUCAAUAACAAGAAUGAGUAAGAGUCCUUUGGCAUUUGAUUACAUGAAUCAGAUAAUAAAUGAAAUGAAAGAGGUAAAUAUUGAACCAAAUUUGUCAACAUGGUAUAACGUACUUCAAAUAUCUUAUGGAAGACCAGAUGCGCAAAAUAAUAUUUUAGGUGAAGUAAUGGAUAAACUAGAAGGACAAAUAUUUCAAUUAAGCAACGAAACCGAUUGUAAUAUAUUCUUUAUUACUCCAGAAUAA